CCCUCAGUCCGUGUUCACGGUUUGCUUAUGUUGGUGCGGUUAAGCUCCGUUACUCGCCUUCACACUAAAAGGAUUUUCGCAAAUCCAACUGUUUUUCGCGACCAAUGAAAAUAGACGACUAUCUCUUUUACUUUAUCGACUACACUGUAUAAACAAUCUUUCGCAUAGUGUUGAGUUUUUAUGGUUUAUUAACCGAUUAUCGUCUGCCCAUUAGUGUUGUGAUACUGUUUUUGCUCUUAUAUUUGUCCCUGAAUUUCAUUUUUUUUCUUAUGCAUCACUUUGUGAUACGUAACUAAGAGGUUGGAUAUUUCUUUUGUGUAAUGAGUUUUACAAACAGACGUUGUGCUAUGGAAUUUUUAUUAAAUGUGAACAUCGGACCACCUUCAUGUUUCUGAAGACUCUUCAAUUGGCGCACGUGAUGUGGUCCUCGCGGGGGUGGGGGUGGCGCUCCCCCCUUCCCCUGGUAUUUCGGUGUCUGGCGCAAGCCCUCGCCACCGGCUUCCACCGAUUCCUAGCAAGAUUUUCAGGUCGAAGACGAUGGCAUUUAUAUCAUCACAAAUAUCCGCCUCCUUGGGCCUUCCUGUUAUUAGUUAUAGUAUCUUCAUUAAUUAGUAUAGUAGAUGCGUGUUCUUCUCGCUCGACACCAAAACCUAGGCCGCCGGCUACAACACCUCGGCCCAAUAUCACAUUCCCCACGUACCCAUGUCCGCCGGCGUAUGCUACUUGGUAUUGCCUCAACGAUGCAACGUGUUUUACUGUCAGAAUCGGAGACUCCCUUCUUUAUAAUUGCGAAUGUCCAGAAAGUUAUAUGGGACCUAGAUGUGAAUAUAAAGAUUUAGAUGGAUCCUAUUUACCAAAACAGAAAAUGCUAGAGACGGCGAGUAUAGCAGGAGGAGCAACUAUAGCUGUGUUUUCUGUAGUGAUAUUGUGUAUUGUAGUAUAUCUACACUACAAACGUCGCGCUAAAGCGAUUAGUACUAGUACAGACUGUAUAGAUAGUAGAACAAUUACUGUGAGUACGCCAACGUUUGGUACUCGAUGGCGAACAAAUCCUCAACAGUCUUCGACAAAUCUUCCUUUUCGAAUACAAGAUAGGGGAGAUAUGAAGCAACAAGGUAGUAAAGUCGAGUUACAACAAGUGACGACUUUACUUCCUACGUCAAAUAAACCAUAAUGUGUUAGUGUAUAGCUAGCAAUAAGGCUUGUCGAUUUUAAACCCAUAGUUACUAUUUUCUGCAGAUGUAUAGUUUUAUAUAUUCGUAGAAACUAGCAUACUCUAAUUUAUAUAAUUUAUUAAAACCGAACUAUAUUAACAAUUAAUGUUUUGUCUUACAGUUGUAUAUUUUUAUAAACUUUUCAGAAUACGCUCAAAAAUAAUAUUGUAAGCGCCAUCAUCCUAGCUUGUUUUAAUGUAUGUUAAGCCAAUUUAAGACCAUUUAGAAGAGUAACUAUUUCGCUUGUCUUUACGGAUUAAAACUAAUUGAAUCUAAUCUCUUUCUCUUAAAAUAAUCAUUUAUGACAUCAUGCUAGUUUUUCUACGGUGGAGUGUUUUCUCCUUCGUAGUAUGCAGAAUUAAAACUAAAUACAAUUUAUAAUUAUUAACCUUCUACUACUUUUCCCGAAUAUCAUAAAACAACUGUAAGGCUGGACUAAAAAAUUAUAAGCUGACUUUUUAAAGAUCCAGUGUCUUCGCUUUUUAAAAUUGACAUCGAUAUCAACUUUAUAGUUCAGAUCUGUAAAUUAGAGAAUGCGAGUAAUCAAUAUGUGAAUCCAAUUUAUACAGUGUAUAAAACAUUUUUGUUAAAAAAGUAAAUAGCACUUUGUUAUAUGCAGCUUAACUAAAAUAACUUUAUUUUAUUUUUCAAUGUAAAUAUGCACGUGCAGCUUUUUGUUCUGCAAGUUGUAAAAGUCAAUAUUUUAGCACCAAAUUAUACGAAAUAAAACAAUGUUUGAUAUUUUAACAUUACCAGUUUUAUUAUUUUGUUUUCUUUUGUAGUAGGACUGUAACCUAUUAAUUUUACAAAAAUGGUUAUCAAUUUACUUGUAUAAUUAUCUAACAACAAGAGAAGAUAUUCAAGACACCCUCUUAUUCAACAGAUUCGCUAUUUUUUGUGUUCAUUUUGUACUUGGUUAUUUCUAAUAACCACUAAAUCCCUUUGAACAAACCAAGCAAAAAGUUAUUGUAUUUAACUUUUAUCGAUAUUAACACUUAAAAUAACUAAUCAAGAGAUAUUCAUAUUUGUGUAAUUUUCAGAGAUCCCAUAUGAUUGUUAAUAAACGUCGGCUCCCCACUCUUAAACACUGUCCUUGCGUUUGAUGUUUUAAAUUUUAUUUAGCUAUUAUAUAAACAUCGUUACUUAUCUUACUUUUUAUUAGUGAUAUUUUUUAUAUAUAUUUUUACGUUUGUUGUUCCUUCUACUCUCUCUAUUUCAUCUUUCUUGAACUUUUUUGGACUUCUCAGAGCAUCGCUCGUAUACUUUCUAUCAUUUUGCUACAGCGAAACUUGAACUUGAUAUAAAAUACAGAAUAUAACGUAUGCAUGCAGUCAUUAAAUAUGUUAGUUAUUUAGUUUAUUCUAUCAAAAAAUUUUUUAGACAAAAUCAUUAAAAGGUAUAUUUAUUAAAAUUACCUAAAAAGGGCUACAUCACAAAAGCAGAACUAGUUUUCGAUCUGAUUACAGAUCAUCAUCAGUGCUGACAUGCUAAGCCACCAAAAUUGAAAAUAUUUGGGUAAAACCCGUUAAAUAUAAAAAGUCAUGGAAACAUUGACUAUAAUUAUUAUAAUAAACAUGGAUGUAUUAAAUAUCACAUGAUUAGGGCCCGGGUACCAUUUAACCCUCACUUGAGUUGAAUUCGUUCUUCACAUUUUGAACGGUCGUUGUCAACAUGUGAAGACAACGUUGAGUUGCCAACGACCGUUCAAAAUGUGAAGAACUAAUUCAAGUCAAGUGAGGGUCAAAUGGUACCCGGGGCCUAAACAUGUGAUAUUUAAUACAUCCAUGUUUAUUAUAAUAGUUAUAGUCAAUGUUUCCAUGACUUUUUAUGUUUAAAGGGUUUUUAUUCAAAUAUUUUCAAUUGUGGUGGAGUAGCAUGUCAGCACUGAUGAUGAUCUGUAAUCAGAUCGAAAACAGUUCUGCUUUUGUGAUGUAGCCCUUUUUAGGGAACAUUAAUAAAUACACCUUUUAUAAAGGAUUUUAUUUAAAAAAAUUGUGAUAUAUGGUAUACAGCCAGCUACAGGAAAACCUUUUUUCUUGUGAAUUUGAUAUAAUAGAGUCGCGGCAAUAAACACAAGCAAAAGACAUCCUUAAGAAGUGCUGAUUAUUUUGCUGAAAGCACACAAAUGAGCUACAGUCGUUUCAAAAUAAAUAUCUCCUUUAGUAUGUCAAUUUUACUGUUGAGUUUUUCCUGCUGAGCAGGUAAACUCAAUAUUGAGUAUUUUAAAGCCACGGCAUAUUUAUUAUCCAUAUAUGUAUCUAGUUUCUUUCAGUGGUACACAUAUUGCUAAAAAAUAUGUCAGAUAAUAUCCAAACCAUGUUUUUUUUGAGAAUAAUCCUUAAAAAAGUCUUCAAGAAGAAAAAUUAUUUUCCCUUUUUAUAUUCUCUAGGUGGCUUGUAGCAUCAUCUCCACAUCUAAAAUAGGUUUUGCUAAAAAAUAUGUAAUUUGACUACCAUUUUUAGAUAGGUUGUAAUACUACUACCCUAGUACUAAAGCGACUAAAUGAUGUCUGAUCUAUUAGUUAAAUCUUGUAUAAUCAGAUAUCUUUUAAGCCAUAAAAAUUAUACAUUAACAACCUAGUGCUAGCUAUGACAAUAUUAGUCUCGUAGUAAGCAAAUAACUGAUUGGAAGACAGUGUUAUGUGUAUAGCAAGUCUGAUAUAUAUGAGUCUGAACUAAGUUAUGUAAGUUAUUCAAGAUUGUAAAUAUAUACCUCCUAGGAGGUAUUUUAGUAGAAGCAAUUGUAUAAAUUCAAUAAACUGUGCGGAUUGAAUGAUUUUAAAUUUUCAUUUACUAAUAUUAAAAGUGACUCUUUGAUCCAAAGCCGUACAACUUUAUUUAUUAAAGUGUUCUUUUUUAUUCUUGCUUAUGUAUAUAUUAUAUAUUAAUAUAAUACGUAGGCAUACAUACACAAUUCAUUAAUUUAUGUUUUUCCUACGUUUUAUCAAAAACAAACAGCAAACAAAUAAAAUUUUCGUUGUCUGUAUUCUAAGCAAAUUUAGUCGAAAGUAUAUUCCGUUUGCUAACAAUAAAGCGGCGUAUCCGUUUCGUGAGGCUGCCGUGCACGGCUUGGCUCAAGAGGCAAACUUGGCAUUUGCCUCGCAUCCUCAUGAUUUUAUUUUAAAUCAACUUGUGCCCCGCGCGGAACUUCAAGCCAUCUCGUUCAACCAUACAAGUAGCUCUGUAGUUAAUUUAAUUAAUUAUGGAUGUAUCACGCGCUGCUGUUACUUUUAUUCUAAUUCAGAAUCUUUUAAAAAACAAAAAUCGUAAAAAUAGCAACUUUUUACUUUCAUAAGUUGAAUUACGGCAAUUGUCACUAUCCAUGAUUAUUUAAAGCAAAAUUUUUUAUUUAGUCUUCUAUUUCUCUCACUUUAUUUAGUCAGUGUUGUUGACGUUCGGUUUUUCCAUAAUUCCUGAAUUUUGUUUUGGUACCGUGCAGGUAUUUUACUUGGCGAGACGUUACCAAAGUAAAAUUUAAAAAAAUUGGAAAAACCGAACGUCAACACCAGUUUGCAUCCAAAUCUCAAAUACAAGUGAGAGUAAGACUGGUUGUGCUGUAGACUAAACUUAUCCAGACCUUCUCGCGGAAGUAACACCAAACAUCCUUUGCCGCGGUUGAAAAGACCGAUAAAAUUUGGGGCAACGACAACGAACAUGCCGUGCGCAGCAGCCUCGCGCAGCAGCCUCGCGCAAUGUAUACGCCGCUAAAUGUAUAGAGAUGUUUGUACAAUGUUUACCGUAUAGUUUUAAAAAGGGGCAAGUUUUCGGUGAAAUAUUGUUCUUCCGUUAGUAGCUUUGAAAAUACAGACUCAAAUAUACUUAUUAUAAGCAAUUAGCCUAAUUUUGGUCCUUCAAACAGUCAACUGUUAGACACACACUUUAACCCAAUAUGGAUUCAAACCGCUAAGAUAAGAGGUAGGUAAGUGAGAAAAGUGAGGAGAUUGUAACACUCUUUGCGAUGUGUUUCCAUACAACUACACAUUCUAAGUAUAAGGUGCUUUACCUUCUGGAUACUCACUAGUGUGUAACGUUGCCAAGAAAUACAUUUAUGAUCUUAAGCCAAACGUGAGAACUCUAAAAAUGAUCAAAACAUUUUAUUCAAUAUAAAAUAUUGAACAAUAAAAUCACAACAAAUAUAACAAAAUUGUUACUAUUUAACGAAUCUCUUCGGACAUUUUAUGACGGUGCCAUUUUAUGUAUAGGUACUAAUAUACCUAAAGGAUCGUUUAAACACAGCGAUAAAUCAAACAACUUAUCAAGGUCAAUCGAGUUGUUGCAACUUAUCAUUGUGUGUAAACGGUGCAUCGCACAACUUAUCAAAGUUGGAGUUGGGUUGAAGGUGGUAUCGCAUUGAAUCGCAGCGUCUAAACAGCGUUUCAACUUGUCAUCACAACUAGUUGCUGUGACUUGUCGUUGUGUUUAAACGACGCUUUAAACGAACGUAUCAUAAUUUUCGAGAAUCUUUGUUCACGCAUAAACAAAAACUGGCAUGUGGCUUUAUUUAACUUUUGCAUUUCUGACAACAAGAACUAUUCCCUUUGCCUUCAAAAAGAAAUUAGUUAUGUAUGUAUGGCUCUUGAUUAGUUUGUCACUUUUUUAAAUUAUACUACAUUCCCGGAUGUAUUUGUUGAUUCAAACCUUGCUACCCCUUCGUUAUUGUUAACUUGUUAUUAUUUUUCAAAUCAGUCAGUCGGCAAGUGUCCUUAAAAAAGUACAAAAGUUCUUAUUUUAUAAUAUUGAAACCUAAAAGUAGAAUUGUUUUAAUUUCUACUAAAUAAACGUAUUGUCGAUAGAUAUUUUCUGUUUGUAUAAAUGUAGAUAUGAGAUAAAUAUAUCCCAAUAAUAAAUGUCGUUGGCAUUUACCGAUUAUUGGCAAUAAUUAUGUACUUUAGUAAUUUAAAUAUUUAUAAGCACUUGGUUCCUAAUUUGAAAAUCUGAAGUAAAUAUUAAUUUAAGUAUUUUUUAAAUUUUUCGGGCAUGAAAUAAACACAAAUUGAAAAUGCGCUUGAAAACUGCAUCUCGUAGUAUAUUUAUAAGCACGAGAAAUUUUUCAAAAACCAUUUCCCGAUCCUUAAAAAUGUCGUUUACUAGAUUCCUACUUGGAUUUAUUAAUAUUAGUUACUGUUAUGUAUCUGUGACACAACAGAAUGCACCUUUAUUUUUGUUUUGUUUGUUCCGUUUUGUUGUAAUUAUUCAAAUUAAUUGAAAGUGAACUAACUCAUAUUACGGUUCCAUGACAUUUCAACCAUCUCGUAACGCGACGGUUCGUAACGGCGACAGUUCGUAACUAUACAUAUUCGUAACGGUACAAUUCGUCACGCCGACAUUUUAAUUUUUUUAGCAAAUUUAAUAUUGCAUGUAGUAAAAAAUGCAUUUUCCAUAGAUUCCUAUACUAAAAGUAAUGGUACUGUUUUUUAAGACCACUUCUUUUUAUAUAUAUUUCACACAUAUUUUUGUAUAUAAUGUAUUCUUGUUAAUAUGAAAACUAAGGAAUUAAAAAAAAUUAUCUUUAAUUAUCUUUUAAACUUUUAAAACUAAGUGUGAAAAUUGAUAAAACAAAUAAAAACAGUUUAAUAAUAAUGUAUUUACUAUAACAAUUAAUACAAUUUACUUUACUAUUAGAUUAUAUUAAUUUUAAGACAAUUUUAAAAAUUUAUUUUUCUACGAAAUAUGAAAGGUGUUGAAAAUGUUUAUCCUGAUGCUGGUUCGUUAAAUUGAUAAACGUAAUUUCAAUUGUAUUUGUAAUAAAAGUUAGUUUCGACGUUAACAAAAAUAAACAGAAUAAUUAAAUUUUGACGUUACGAAUAUGUAGAGUUACGAACUGUCGCCGUUACCAUAUGUGUGGUUACGAACUAUCGCGCUACGAGAUGUCUGGCCACGUAAUAUUACACAUUCCUAUUCUGGGGCUAGUUUCCAAAUAAAAAACUUUCGUUAAAAAGCUCAAUGUAACACAUUCUCCUUUUUUUAGUUGUUUAAAAUGUUUCUUAUAUUACCAAUUUUUUCCAUAAUAAAUAGUUGAAUCUGAUAAAAUGAUAAAUUUUCAAAAUGAACACUCCUUAUGUAUAUAUAAAACCGGUUGUGACAUAAAUGGAUCCAAUUGACGCUUAUAUUAGUAUGUACAUCAGGUCUUCUUUUAUCAAAAUAAUAGUUUUUUGUAUUAUUUUAAAAGAUAUAUUUACUCGAUACUAAAGUGACUAACAUCUUUUGAGUCUAUUUAUUUUUAAAUCACCCAAGUAUUCCUAAAUAUAUUUAUUUUUCCGAUUUUCUAGAUGUUUGAUGCUUUGGUAUAGAGUCAAUAUUCAUUUGCCAGUUUGUAACAUGUAAAAUAGUUGUGCUCCAAACCAAAGCAUUCGCAUUUUUAUGCAACGCAAGUAGAAUAAAAAAAGGUUUAUAUAUUAUUGUCAAUAUGUUGAAACAUUUUCUUAAUUAUUGUUAACGUAUAUGUAUUUAAGUAAAGGAAAUAGCCAAUGAUAGUUAUGUCAUCCAGAACAUAGAUUGAUUGACCACCAUCUCCCACUGACCAUAUGUUUUAGAUCAAAUUGUGUCUGGUUAACACUACUUAUAUAGUACUCUGUAGAAAACUUUUCCACGAAGUAGCUUAUAAUAUCAUUAUAAAAUUUCUUUGUAUCAAGCGAGAAUCAGAAAAGGAUUUCACACAAUUUAUAUAUUUAUAUUUAGGCCGGAAAUUUUGAAAAGAUGCUGUAAAAAUGAUGAUUGGUAACGUGUCUCUUUCAAAAUAGUUUAUCUACUGUUCCAAUCUUAGAUAAAGUUAUACGAAAUUAUUAAUUCGAGCUGCACUUAACAAUUACUUUUUGACUUCUUACUGCACCCAUGAUAAUAUUUUUCUUCCCGUACUGCUUUUAAUUAUCAUUCCAUGGAUUAGUUUGAAGAAAUUUGUUCUUGUUCCACAUAAUACUGACGCUUUUUACUUCAAUCGGUAGUAAGAAUUAAUGUCUCAUUUUUUGUUAUUUGCUAUUUAAUUUGUCUAUAUCGUUAUUUAUUAAUGAUUCCUACUUCGUCUAUUGCUCAAUAGGUAUUAACAAAAAAUUAUUGUUUGAAUCUAUUUAUAACUUCAGAGGUUAGCGCGAUUAAGGACUUGUUCAUGCCUACUCAAAUGUGUACAUUAUAUCAAAUAAUUUCCUCUAAUUUAUUUAUAACACAGAACGGAUGACUUUUGUCAUAUGUAUAUAAUAUCAAUUUCUGUAGCAAUAAAUUACGUAAAAGAAAUCUAAUUGUUAUCAUCAAUUCUGUAUAAACUAUAAACCCAUGUUAACAUAUUUUGUAUUGUGUAAAUUUUAGUCGAUUAAUAAGAUUUUCACAUGCGUUGCAUAUGAUGUAUACUGUCAGACUCAAAGUAUUAAUAUGAUUAAUAUAUUAAUAGUUUCUUUUGUAAUUUUCUAUACUUCACCAAGUAUAGUUUUUUUAUUUGGCGUCUUUUUGUUUCUGUUCAGAAAAUUUAUAUAUAAUUUUCAUGAACAAAUGUUAGAAUACUUAUUUGUUUAAUAUUUUCACAUAUGUAAUAAUUUAAAAUAAAAAUAUAAUAAAAUAAUUACACUUAA